GUUUGCAGCAGAAGCCGGUGCAUUGCAUUUAUUUGUUCUUUGUUUUAAAAGCACGGGGGAUCCCGGUGCACGGUUAUAAUUAAUUAAAAGUGGGGUGAAAGGGGGGGGAAAAUUGCAUGCAAUGUAAUGCAAUGCAGCAUUCAGACGGUGGAGGCCGGCGUUCUGCAUUUCUUUUAAAAAUAAUUAAAAAUUCACGGUCUCGGUAACCGGGGGAUGAAGGAGGAAGGUUGCAAAAUGAGAAGAGCCCGGCAGUCGGGGGUUUGCGAGAGAAAAAUAAGGAGCGGGGCGUCCGGUGAAAACGCGCCCGGGAGAGGGAGCGAAAGCGCGGGCGCCCUCCAGUAAAUGGCGGCCCGCGCGGGGGCCGUUCGGCCGGCGCCCCCCUUGCUAUCCUGGUCCUGUCGCCCUCGCGCCGCCUCAGCGCCCCGGGAGCUCUCAGCCCACUCCGGUCAUGUGACGGCGAACGUAACGGAACGUGCAGCAACCGUUUGGCAGUUUGGUUCGAGGGGAGGGGGAAAAGGCGGCGGCGGCGCGGAGCUUCGGUCGGUCUCUCUCUCUGGGCUGCGCCACAGCGAAGAAAAGCCGAGGAGGCGGAGGGGGCCCAGGCACCGCGGCAGCGACGGAAACACCGGGGUGUUCAAAAAAGAAAAUAAAUUUGCCACCACACGGUUUUUUUAGUCAAUCCUUCCCCCUCCCUCCGACAGCAGAGCUGCAGAAAAGUGAUGAGGAAAAGCCAGGGAACUAUAGACCAGUGAGUCUGACAUUGGUGGUGAGCAAGUUGUUGGAGGGAAUCCUGAUGGACUACAGGUAUUUGGAAAGGGUCUAAAUAUGGAACUGGCUAAUCAUGGUCUAAUCCUGCUACAACAACUCAAUGCACAGCGAGAAUUUGGCUUCUUGUGCGACUGCACAGUGGCUAUUGGUGAUGUCUAUUUCAAAGCACACAAAGCUGUGCUUGCCUCUUUUUCCAAUUACUUCAAAAUGUUAUUCAUUCAUCAAACCAGUGACUGUGUCCGAUUGAAACCAACUGAUAUUCAGCCAGAUAUCUUUAGCUACCUCCUGCAUUUAAUGUACACCGGGAAAAUGGCUCCCCAGAUUAUUGAUCCUGUCCGUCUCGAGCAGGGAAUUAAGUUCCUGCAUGCAUACCCACUGGUACAGGAAGCCAGCUUAGCCAGCCACGGAGCGGUUCCUCGUCCUGAUCAGGUUUUUGCUUGGACAUCAUCAUUAUAUGGCAUCCAGAUUGCAGAUAAUCAAACCACACCUCAGAGUAGGUUAUCAGCAGCAGAAAAGUCUUGUCGAGAGCCCAGGUCACAUGCUCAUCCUUCUCGGAUGGAGCAAGAACGAGGUGCAGAAGCUAACCAGCAGCAUCCCCAGGGUGCACAGAUGCUUCAGCCGUCUCAACAGAUUGGGCAGUCAUCUGCAACGGCUUUAGGUACACAACAAGGCUUGAUCUCUGCAGCUGGUCCUCCAACGGCUGAAGAACGAUGUGAAAAUAUCCCUCUAUUAGAUGGGCAGCCAGGAAUACAUGCAAUAGCUCAUGUUAAACCCAGUAUUAUGAAAAGGAACAGUGGUUUUCCCAAGUUUUAUGUCUGUCAUCUUUGUGGCAGAAGGUUCACUCUACGAAGCAGCCUACGUGAGCACCUGCAGCUCCACACAGGAAUGUCUCUUCCAGUUACCAACCCAGCAGGAAUGAAUAUGCUAGGCCAAUUGGUAGAGCCUGGGAAACCUUCAAAAGAUCCUGAGGAAAUACCUGAAGCAGAAGUAAUUAGUGAUGGCGAACUACAGCAGAAAAAUGAUUCACCAAUGGCAGAUGGCCAACUACAAGCCGAAACACCACCCCCAUCAGACAUUGCAGACAUUGACAACAUAGAGCUAGGGGAUCAAGAUAGGGAAGUGAAAAGGCGAAAAUAUGAAUGCUCCAUUUGUGGACGUAAAUUCAUCCAGAAAAGUCACUGGCGAGAGCAUAUGUAUAUUCACACUGGCAAGCCAUACAAGUGUAGUACCUGUGAUAAAACAUUCUGUAGAGCCAACCAGGCUGCCAGGCAUGUGUGCCUUAACCAGAAUUCUGAUACCUAUAUGAUGGUGGAUAAUAAGCAAGCAAUGCUUACUGAAGGUUCUUCUGAAGAAACGAGCCAGUCACUAAUGGAUCCAGUGUACCUAGCAACAAACCAAUCAAACCAGUCGUACAAGUGCAAUCUGUGUGAUAAAAGCUUCUCAACUGCUAGUGAAGCUGUUCGGCAUUCAUGUCAAAACCAGAACUCUGAUACCUUUGUUUUGAUGGAAGGCCAACCAACAAUUCAAGGGGAAGGCUCUUCAGAAGCUUGCGAAGUGACAGAAGUGAGCCAGUCAUUGUCAGAAACCGUGCAUAACGUGGAAGAUGGUCAAGCCGUUUUAGUGGAAUGAAAACUUUGUUCAUUUACACACUUUUCCAUGUGUUUCUUAUAAUGUACAAUUUAAAACCGAUGAUAGUUCUUAGAUAUAAGGAUGUUAAAAGUUUAUUUUCUAAAUUAGAUCUAAGCUUUCUUCUCUGGUAAAAGCAUGUCGUUCGUUUAUCCAAGGAUCUUGUUACUUUUAAAAUGAAAAUUCAGGUGGCAUCAUUGUAUCAGUCAGUGUUUGCACUAGAAUUCAGACUAGCCCCUGUCAAUCAUGAGCUGCUUCAGGACUAGGUUAAUAUAAAAGAAACCGAUGUGCAUUGUUCUUUACUUGUACUGGUGUUGCCUGAUAGCUACAUACUUUGCAAAAUAGAUUGAGUAGGAAAUUAAAUCACGCUGUACCAAAUGCAAAGAAGUUAUUACAUCAUGAUAUUUAUAUGCCUCACCAGGCCACUUUCUGCUCAGCCUCCCUGAACCAACUACAGUCUCAAAGAAACGAAUAAACACCUGUUGAGCUCUAUGGAUGUGUACUCAAACUAAAAGUUUCCUGGUUUGAAUUAAGCAUUGGCGACUGACCGUUUCAAGGGGUCACAGUGCAGCAGUUCACAUUUUGUGAUUAAAUAAAACUCCUGUUCUCUCAGAUGUAAGAGCUGUUGAUAAAUGUUGUUAUGCUUCACUAAUUGUCAGCUAAUCACUGAGCAUAUCCCAACUGUUGGUAGUAUAUUUCGCAAAUAAUGAAUCAUAGACAGAGCAUUGGCAUUGCUGAGCCAACAAUGAAUCCAGAGUAUGGGUAUACCCUGGGUGAAGUCGGCAUAUGACUAAUUUGUUGAAUAACAAUUAUGUUAUUGUUAUUAGCAAAAGAAGAACCUGGAAUGGUGAAGGUAUUGCAGUAACUCCUAUGUCAGCUAGAAUGCCCUUCUAAUGAGUGAAUCAUAUAUAUAUAUAUGAAAGGUAUUUUAUAGAUAGAACUUGUUUGAUAUAGUAUUAAAUACAAAUUGCUCACAUUUUGGAAAUUUUAUUAGAUAUUUGAGACCCGUUUUCCAGUGUGAUAGAACAAAGUAGUGCUCUGGUGCUCCACGUUCUUCCCUACUCACUUGCAUAAUCUUGUUUUUAAAUGUUCAGUGUAAAUCUGAAUAUCACUUUUACCUCACUUAUUUACAAUUUGCUCCUUGACAUGUGUGUAUAAUUUGCUUUCAAGAUGUGGGAAUGGGGGGGAUAUCAGAGUACACCUAUGCAUGCUGACUUCAAAAUACAGUAGUAGUAUUUGUAACUUGUUUUACAGAAAUAGUAAUUGCAUUAUUUAUUGUGUUGUAUGUCUUUUAUACAUUUUAGAUUUUUUAAUAAAUACUGGAAAAAUUAAAAGUUGAAGAUAGGAUCCCUUAAAAACAUCUAUCCUUUAUCAUUGAAAAUUUGUAAUCUGUUUUAAACCAAAAUUGCAGUAACACUGCUGUCUGAUGGGGUGGGGAAGGGAGAUCUCUGCUGCAAAAAUAAGCUGUCACAUUUGGCUUCAGAAAUAUUUACUAAAAGUUCACAUGUACCAACAAUGUCAGCACUUGCCCUGUAUUAUUCAUGUGGAAAUUUACUUCUCCGCACAAAGUUGCAUUGCACCACAUUGAACUAAUUUGGAGCAAAAGUGACAGAAUUUCCUUAAUGCCCUGUUACAUUGAUAAAAAGUAUUUUCUUAAAAUUCAUUUUAUUUUACAAUUAGACAGUUUUUAUUUGCAGAUUAGAGUGAUACUAGCACAAUUCAGUACUAUACUAGUUGGAUUAGUUAGUACCAAUAGUGUUAAGUGCUGUUAUUGUAAACAUUCACUAAAACCACUGUCUGAAGUACACAUAAAUAAACAUGAUACUCAAACAAAAUGACUAAUUUUACCAAUAGGUUAUGAAAGGGUACACCAGGUUGGUACAUUUGGAAUUGUUACUUAUAAAUGCUAGUGUUACAAGAAGCAUUGAACCCCAAUAUGUUUUGUUUUACUAUUUUAUUAUUUGUCGUUUUGUCUAUAUAGUUAUUUAACCACUUAUUGCUCAGUAAAUCCCCCAGAGAUAUACAAACGUAUUACUUUCAGAUUUAAAAUGCUAAAACAUGUUAAUGAGAUUGAGAAAUAAUGUAUGUAAAUUGCUUUGUUGUUACAAGUUUCGUAUAGACUUAAAAUCAAUAUUUGAAAUAAAGUUCAACUGCCUUAAAAUACAUAAAGCGUAACCAUGAUGCUCAGUGUCAAAGCUAUUAUUUGCAUUAAAAUUCAAAUAAAAUGUAGUUUUUUUUAAUCAGUAUUUUGUAAGGUUUGUUUCAAAAGAGAAUAUACUGUAAUUUAGUCUUGUAAAACGAGUCCCACAUGAGGAAAGUACAUUCCUUUGUUAUAAUGAAGAAUAAGUAAUACACUAUAACAUUCUUGACCAAAUCAAAUUGAAGUUGACCAGUUUAAUUGGGGAAAUAAAUGCUUCUUUUGGCCCCCUAUAGAUCUUUUAAGAUUUUCUAAUCGUAUUUUUUAAUAUGUUGAUAAUGGCAGUCAAACUUUACUUGAAUUUCAAAUUGCAGGUGUUUUGGAGCAUUAUUUUCUUGUGAUGUAAUCUGCAGUCGCGCUCCUUACCAACAUUGUAAGAAUUUGAAAUGCAUUGUACAGUGCUGCCUUUUUUGUGUAACUUUUAAUUUGCUGCUUGAAAGCUAACCAGUUCACUGUUUAGUUGGAAGCCUUAUUUGACAAAGCAUACAUGAAAAAUCCUUAUCCUUGCUGUAUACAGUAAUAGACUACAGCUUAGUUGUGUAUGUCUUGUUGACUAAGCCACAGCUCUAAACUUGAGCCUUACAUUUUCAAUGACUUGUUUAAGACCUAAAUACACAAACUGAAUACACAUUGCACCUGUAUUUGUCUUGAUUCCAUGCUGCAACUUUUCUGUUACAGUCAAAAAUUUUGUUAGUCAAUAUGUAUAAUGUAUAAUACAACGCUGCCAAUA